UUUGUGUUUACACAUCCGGGUUUUCCCAGCUCGCAGCUCCCCGCUCCCCAUUUCGAAGCCAUUUUGGACACACAUCACACUAACAUGCACGUAAACCCCGGGCGACCCCUCGACGCUGCGCCUCCAACUACAACCACUCUUGACGCUUGUGCACCGCCAGAGGGAACGAUAAACGCUCCUUUCUCCUCCCGCCUUGUUUUUUUCUGAAGCAAUGUGGGACUGAACGAGCCACCACGGCGGCCCGACUAAUCUGCCCCCUUCGUCUUUUCUUCUCGGUGGUGGUGGUGGUGAUUGGUGGUGUGGCGGCGGCGGCGCUUACGAGCCGCGGAAGGCUUUAGCUUGGAGGGGGGCCUGCGGUCGGUUAGACUCCGCCGGGGCUGAAGGGUGGAUGUGCGGGACCGAACCAAAACGGUGGACCUCCGUGGUGGUGUUUUUAAAAGACGGAACAUGUCUUUCUCGUGGCUGACUUGUUCACUUCUGCUGGGAACUUUAUGCGCAGGGUACAGCGUGGGCGAGGCGGAGACGCGCGAAUGCGUGUUCUACAAUGACAACUGGCGCGCCGAGAAGACCAACCAGAGCGGCUUUGAGCGCUGCGACGACAAGGAUAAAGACAAGGACAAGCGGCUGCACUGCUACGCGUCCUGGCUCAACUCCUCAGGGACCAUCAAGUUGGUAAAGAAAGGCUGCUGGCUGGACGAUUUCAACUGCUAUGACAGGCAAGAGUGCGUCUCCAUGGACGAGAACCCUCAGGUCUUCUUCUGUUGCUGCGAGGGCAACUACUGCAACGAGCGCUUCACCCACCUCCCCGACUUGAUCGGCAUCGGCAACCGAGUCAAAAUCCGGCCUCCGCCCCGAGUGCCGUCCAUGCUGAAUGUGCUCGUCUACUCCCUGCUGCCGCUCUGCGUGCUCUCCUUGGCGAUCAUCUUGGCCCUGUGGAUGUACCGUCACCGCAAACCUCCUUACGGCCACGUGGACCUGAGCGAGGACCCUGGACCCACCCCCCCAUCACCCAUGGUGGGACUGAAGCCCCUGCAGCUGCUGGAAAUCAAAGCCAGGGGACGCUUUGGUUGUGUUUGGAAAGCCCAGCUCAUGAGCGAAUAUGUCGCAGUCAAGAUCUUCCCUGUUCAGGAUAAGCAGUCAUGGCAAAACGAGCGGGACAUCUUCCUGACAGCCGGCAUGCGCCACGAGAAUAUCCUCCGAUAUAUCGCCGCUGAGAAGCACGGCAGCAACUUGGAGACGGAACUGUGGCUCAUCACGGAGUUCCACGAGAGAGGUUCUCUGACCGACCACCUCAAGGGCAACACUGUGACUUGGGGGGAGCUGUGCCUCAUAGCCGAGACCAUGUCCCGCGGCUUAGCCUACCUCCACGAGGACAUUCCCAGCAACAAGGGAGAAGAGCCCAAACCCACCAUUGCGCACAGGGAUUUCAAGAGUAAGAAUGUUAUGCUACGAAGUGACCUGACCGCAGUCAUCGGAGACUUUGGACUUGCUGUUCGCUUUGAACCAGGGAAACCUCCAGGAGACACUCAUGGGCAGGUGGGUACGCGACGCUACAUGGCACCAGAGGUACUGGAAGGAGCCAUCAACUUCCAGCGAGACUCCUUCCUGAGGAUCGACAUGUACGCCAUGGGUCUGGUGCUUUGGGAACUGGUCUCCCGUUGCAACGAAACGGAUGGUACUGUGGGGGAAUACCUGCUGCCGUUUGAGGACGAAAUCGGGCAGCAUCCAAGCCUGGAAGAUCUGCAGGAUGUGGUCGUGCACAAGAAAAUGCGGCCAGUCAUCAAAGACUGUUGGCUCAAACAUCCUGGUCUGAGCCAACUGAGCGAGACCAUCGAGGAAUGUUGGGACCAUGACGCCGAGGCCCGCCUGUCGGCCGGCUGCGUGGAGGAGCGCAUCGGCCAGAUCGCCAGGACCAGCGGCGGCACUACCUCAGACGGUCCCGUCUCCAUCGUCACGUCGCUCACCAACGAGGACCUACCUCCCAAAGAGUCCAGUACCUGAACACGGGCAGUGCUCCUGACUUUUUUUUUUUUUUUUCUAUUUGAUUUUUCAAACACAAACUCAGUGGAUCUCGGUGAAUAUUUAAUAACAUGCAGCUGCUAUUUUAUCCCCAUACUGGUAUUUUUUUUUUUCUUGGGGCAUCGGAUCUUAUUAACACAUUCAUCUGCUGUAGUUUGGAUGUAGUAUAUAAGCUAUGCGACAGGCAACACUAAAAGUCGUUAUUACCUCAUGUAUUAUUUUUUCUUUUUGUUAAUUACCUCAUUUUUAAAAAAAAGAAGAUUUUUAAAAAAAACUUUUCUCCCCUUUCCCGUCAAAUGAACUUUUAAGCUCCAAAACCUCUGGAGGAUUUUGAGACUGUUAGAACGAAAUAGAUUCAUCUUCCUCAGGGGCCGAUGCUUCUCUGAUUUUUAAAACAAACGUGUGCUCCCCUACUUUUUAAACCUGUGAAUGCCUCCCUCCCACCAGAAAAGGAAAAAGUUGAGGGGGGGAAAAAAACAUACAGUAUAUGUAAAUAUAUAUAAUGGAGCACAGUGGGUUUUAUCAAGCUAAAAUGGGUGCUGGAUUUGUUGGAGAUUUUUAGGGACACCAUGUGGUCCCGUGGGGAACUACCUCUCAGGUAUCCAGUAGGCUUCUUUGUGUGUGUGUGUUUGGGGGGGGGGCGCGCGUGUGUGUGUGUGGGUGUGUGUGUCCUCUUUGCGAGAGGGAGAGCCAAGCUAGCUGUCAUUAUGGACUUGUUGCCCAUUUUAAUGAAGAUUUUUUUUUUUUAUUCAUUCUCUUGGGUUAUAUUUGUCGAGUUACUCCUUUAGCCAGUGCCGGGGGCAUUGACAAAUGCUGUCUGGAGUUGCAAUGUUACACAUUCUUGAUUUGUAACCGUUUGUGUGCAUGGAUGUGGGUGAAUGAUCAUGCAGUUAAGCACAAAAUGAGUCAUAUCCUGGCCCAAAUAUUUGGAAAACACCAGGAAUUUAUACCAGUAGGCUUGACAUUUUUUGACUUUUUAUAUAUUGAGAACCGACCACUGAAAAAUAGGCCGGUAAUUAUUUUAUCCAAAAUGCAGCCAAAAAUUCUUUCCAGUUGUCAUUUCAGGCUCAAAAUACAAAUUGGUGUCCCAAAUGAUUUUCAAGACUGCUAUUGCCACAAAAUGCAUAACAUCAUAACGACAACUGUCCCAGGCAUGAAUUUACGACAGCAAUCAUGAAUUUUAAACAAAAAUCAUCUGUAAACACAAAAAAAAACGCUUAAGGAUGUCACAUACCAAGCCUCGAGAGUGGGCUAACUCCAUUUUUGGGGGGUCAUUUUGCAAGAGUAAUUUAUGUUUUAUGGCAGCCAUUUAGUAGCUAUGACUAAAGAUGUAGCGCUGUCGUAGUCCAAACGUCUGUCAAACGUUUCAAUAUUGAUGACAAAUAACAUUCUUUGAGUUGAAUACGGAAACACUGGCACCUAAGUUGAAAAAAAAAGUGCCGAAUGCAAUAAUGGGCUGCCCCAAUAUGUCAAAAUGGGAACUGAACCUCUAUUUAACCCUUUCAUGCACCAAUCAUGAUAACCAGUAACCGGAUAACAUGAUAGACUGUCCACCGUAGUAACCGGUAUUUAUUGCUUACGCUGGCAACCUGCUAAAAAGCUUUCCAGCUGUGAGCUCCACUUUCAAAAAAAUUCACAAUAACCCGGGUAUGAACCAUUUUGUGCUGUGCGUGUGCCGUUUGUGAGAACAGCGGUCUGGCCGCCAUACUUGAGUCCAAGCAACAUGUCUGUUUCGGUCUUUUCUCUUGACGUUUCGUACGGAGCCGCUCAAGUCAGCCGUUUGCCCCCAAAUACCUCAGUCCUCCACGUACAUCGCGCCGGGAGAGCUCAAAACGGUUGCCUUUUUUCCGUCUCUCGCCGAUGCAAUGCCAUGCAGUCGCAGUUGUCAUCGUCGCCGCCGCAUGCGUGUGUGCCGUCUUAUGAACACGAGUACCAUACAUUUUUGAAUGUCCGUUUUUAAUGCUGCUCUGACUAUUCCAGGACUCUCAAGAAUUUGUAUUCUCAGCGUGCUCUCGAACCAUCGGUGGCACGACAUGAGGCUCACGUUCUGUUCUUGUUGUUGUUGGUGUUGUGCGUGUUUUGUCUGUUAAAUGAUGAUGAUGAUGAUAAUGAUGAAGGGGCAAGCCCUCAAGCUGCUUCCUCUCCUUCGAGACUGACCUCAGAUCUUCUGAACAAGUACCUCAGGCUUUUUUUUUUCUACAUGUACACAGAUUUAUUUGGUGUUCUUAAGAUGUAUUGGAUUGUGUUUCAUUUUUAAGAAAAUACUCUAGUCCAGAUGGUUUAAUGUUGUCGGACGGGCCUCUUAAGGGUUUAAUUUUUUUAUUUUGCAAGGACAAGUAUUUUAAUGUACCGUUUUUUUAAAGGAAAAUUAUUUUGCCUAUUUUUGUUUUUGUAAACCAUAGCCCGAACAGUUGUCACACUGUCCACACAAAAUACGGAUGAAAAAAAUAAAUAAAUAACCACACUGAUUGUUGUUUAAAAAAAAAAAAAAGAAAAAGUGAUGCUCUGGGCAUUUUUUUUAAAGAAGGAAGGCAAUUAUUCUGCAUAUGUAUGUAAAGAAAAAGCAGUUUCUAUAUAUAGUUAUGUCCAAAAUUGCCAUAUUUAGAGAUUAUGGUUUUUUUUAUAUCUAUUGAAUGGGUCUCUUAGCUGGAAAAGUGUCUUUGUUCUGGAAGCAGUUAAAAUAAUUGCAGAAAUGUUCAUUUUCAAAUUAUUUUUUUAUUUUUUCAUGCUCCAAACAAAGCUUUAGAAACAAAGAAAAUUCAAAACUCCGCUAUAUAUGUAUAAAACGCGUGUGUGUAUACCUAUUUCCAAUAUAAAAUAUUUCAAUGUACCAAUUCUUAAUCAUUUCCUUACAGCCGGAUUUCCAGCAAGAAAAUACCUAUUCACAAAUAUAAAAAAAAAUAAUUUUGGCCUUAACUGUAUGCAUAACUUUUUAUUUUAAUUUUUGGGGGCGAGCAGUGGCUUUUUAUUUUUUGUGGGGAACAGUAUUACCUCUAAAGAAACUCAUAACCUGCCGAUGUGACGUUCAGACUUUAUAGUUGAGACAUGCGGUGCUGUGCAAAGAUGGUGACUUUAUUCUUACGAUUUCUGUAAAAAAAAAAAAAAAAGAA